CUACCUCUCACAAAAAAUCAAAAUCCAAGGCUUCAGGCUGUUCAUUGUGAAAGGAAAUCUGACAUUUUCGUUGUUAUCAAUCCAUCUCGAGCUGAACAACUAACUGAAUCGAAUCAAAGCCACCAUGUACGGUCUAGUGUUUGAAAUCGUUGAAGAGUUUGUCAUUGAGAAGCAGGGUCUCGAAGUAUGGCAUGAGAUUAAGAACAAAGCCAAAUGCCGGGUUAGAGAUGGGGGCUUCCUGCGUCGCAGCUAUUAUCCUGACAAUGAGCUGGUGGACAUUAUCGUCGCUGCCUCUGAGAUUUUGGGAGUUGCAGUGCCGGAUAUUCUCCAAGUCUUUGGCCACUUUGUUGUUCGGCAUCACUAUUUGAAUGGGUACAAUGAUCUGAUGCGCGCACAGGGCACCACACUGCGAAAGUGGCUGUCCAACCUCAACGCCAUGCACGACCACAUCCAAAAGUCCUUUCCGGGAACACAGUUCCAAGCACCCAUCUUCUGGUGUGAAGAUUGCGAGGAAGUUGAGGGGUCUAUUCUAUUGCACUACUUCAGCCUCAGAGGUAUUCUGCUGGUCCCCAUGGUUGUGGGUAUCAUUUCGGAGCUGGCGUCCUACCAAUUCGACUGUGAAGUCACCAUGACUCAGUUGGGGCUUCAAGGGGAAGAGGGGGCGGAGUUUACAUCUUGGCGAAUCACAGCUGUGGACCCCGAGCAAAGAUACAAGCUGUCUCCUCGAAGUGCUGAAGUCUCUGCCGCAAGACGGGAAAGUUCUACAGUUGACUUUAGCAAGAUGGAGCUGCCCAGCCAGUGCCCAUUCUCGGGGAAAGAUCUCUCAGCACCCGGUCCUCAUCCUGCUGCAAGCAAGUGCCCCUAUUCGGCCAACAAAGACCACAGUGAAGAAACGGGAAGUACUUCCUCCAUCCUCUCCACCUCCACAGGGGGAAACACGUCCGCAACUGGUCUGUCUCUUGGCAAGCUCCAAUCAGUCUUCCCCUUCCAUGUCCUUGUGGAUAAAGAGUUCACCAUCCUCCAAGUAGGGCAGAGUUUACCAGCUCUCAUGAAUCAAACGCAAGACUUCUUCAAUGGCAAGCACAUUGGAAAAGUCCUCGAUAUCACCCGUCCCGUGCUGGGGAGUGCCUGGGACUGGCAGAGCUUGAAGAAGCUCAGUGAUCAGCACUUCUUCCUGGCUCCCUGCACCUCGGGAGCCCUCAAGAAGCGUGUCUCGAUGGAGGAUUCCAAUAUCAAGUUCAAGGCUUCCAUGAUUGAGAUUGCACAAGGCAUGGUCAUGUUCGCACUCAACCCGGAUGCGCGCAACAUUGUGGAUCUCCGCAACAUGGGUCUCACAUUGACCGACCUCCCCCUUCAUGGUGGUCAACGAGAUUCCGUCUUUCUCGGCGAAUACAUUGUCCAAGAGGUUGAUAAGGCUCACAAGUUGGACAAGCUCAGCAAGAAGUUGGAAAACGAAAAGAACCUCUCCAACACGCUCCUCUAUAACAUGUUGCCCAAGACCAUUGCGGACGAGCUGCGAAAUGGCAAAACAGUGGAACCUCAGCACCAUGAUGAUGUGACACUCUUCUUCUCCGAUAUUGUGAACUUCACGUCCAUUUGCGAAAAGGUUGAUCCUUGGGCAGUGAUUGACAUGCUCAAUCAGUUGUACUCUGUCAUGGACAAGCUGGCGGAGCAUUUCAACUUGUACAAGAUCGAAACCGUGGGAGACGCAUACAUGUGCUGCUCUGGGCUUCCCGUUCCUGACAAGUAUCAUGCUGAAAACAUUGCCAACUUUGCGAUUGCCGUCAUGGAGUGUGUCAAGCAUGUACAAUCCCCUGUGGAUGGCACUCCUAUUCAGCUGAGGAUUGGCAUUCACACCGGUCACUGUACUGCUGGAGUGGUGGGGACACUGACCCCUCAUUACUGCCUCUUUGGCGACAUGGUCAAUACCACAGCGCGUCAUGAGCAAACCGGAUUGCCGGGAAUGAUCCAAUGCUCUUCAGACCUAUUCGGGCGCCUUAAGCACUUUUCCAUGUACGAACAGGAACAGUUCGAGCUGACUCCACGUGGGUUGGUUAGCAUGAAGGGCAAGAAAGAGUGUUGCACUUAUUGGUUGGAGGGUGGAACGGCCAACAAUGAGCGUGCCGGCCCAGCUGCAUUGCAAGCUCUUUCCAAUGACGUGAGCGAAAUGCUUGAGAAGAAGAGUUGGAAGAUGCGACGCUACUUCCGUCGUUCUGGUGAACUUCGUGGGGAUUCAGAGACGCAGUCUGUCGGCAGUCACAAUACUUUCCUCACUACGUCGUCCGUGAGCGAAGAAUCGGAUCAAGGAGAACGCUCCCAGGUGACAUGGACUGGUACCGAUGAUGAUGACUCGAUUGCCGGAGGAGAAUCGGAAGCUGAAGUGAAUCUCGCAUCUGAAGCGUCCGACUCUAGGGACGCUGGAGAGCUGGAUGACAUGCUGGAAGACUGUUAUGACCCUGCUGCAGACGUCGAGAACGGUUUGUUGAAUCUGGUCUGGGAUAAAACGCUCAGCCGAGAGGACUUCGUGUCGAACAUUCACCUCUUGCUGUCGCCGUUGCUCAACCUGUGCCUAUUCGACUCAACGACUGGCCAAUUCCCCAACAAUUUGGAUCUUCUCGACGGCCAGCUGUACGGUCUGAUCGAUCGAUUGUCGAAGAGCUUCAAGAAGCAUAAUCCCUACCACAACUUCCGCCGCGCUGCCCAUGUUGUGGCUUGGGCAACCCACCUCUUCGAACGGGUCCAAGACAGCGGAGCGGGUAUGUCAGGUACAGUGGACAAUAGUCCUUGGUUCCGUUUCACGCUUGCUAUCGCGGCUCUGGUUCAAGACUGCAAGCAUUCUGGCGUAGCCGAUGGCCAACUGCAGGCUGAGAAGCACAUGGUGUUUGAAAUGCACGGCGGAGACAAAUGCCAGGCCAAGCACGCCCUCAAUCAUGGCUUGGAUGUGUUUGCCGACGAGUUCCCAGAACUCUACGACGAAAUCGUGUGGGGAUGCCCUCGCUUCGUGCAUCUUCUCAGGAGAACAGCACUUUCCAACGAUGUCUCCGGUACCUUUUCCAAGGCAAUGCGCCCCACAGAGAACUCGCCCCGAGAAGUCGCAGCCAAGACAGAAGCAGCCAUGGCACUCGUACUGAGGGUUGCCAACCUGGGACAUUUCGCGUUGGACAACGAGAAGUUCCAGGAAUGGAAUGAAGCCGCCUUUGCCGAAAAGCGUGUUGCUAGCUUGGCAAAGCGCGGGAGUGAUCCAAACGGCAACUGGCACGAACACUGCGUUUUGUUUGUCAAGGGCGAAGUGAUUCCGCUUGUGGAGCAAUGUGAGACGAUUCUGCCCACCUCAACCCGUCUUCUGGACACUGUUGCGGUGAACCUCAAGAAUUUCGAAGCCCAAGGAGAGCACUGGGCAGACAAUCAGAUCUUUCCCCGGCGUCGUGCUCACGAACGAUCCACACCCAACCCUGCUUCGACCGUAGACAUCUUCUGCUGAAGUUUUUGCCGAGGGGUUUGUUGGGGUUUCCACCAUGUACUUCAUAUUGCAUACAUCUAGUUUAGAAUAAAAGGGCCUCAUGAUUAACUUGAAUACGUAUUGAAUAAAGUCUAUUGAAAUUCUGGUUAUUAUU